AUGGUCGAGGACGACCUGGCUUAUGAGGAUCCAGAGGAAGAAGUGGUGGCCCAGAUGAGGACUGUGCCUAAAAGGAAGCCGAAACCGCAACCUGCAGCCCAACAGGCAUCCGCAGUGCCCUGCCGGGGUUGCGGAGGCCGUCAUAAACGCCAGGCUUGCCCAUUUUUGAAUGCCAUCUACUUGCCGGCCCUUCUGGGCCUGGAUUGGUUUCCUGCCCUGGGAUUAUCAAUUGGGGGGGUCCACCGGGUGGUUCCUAGCACUCUCGAGGACACCUUAAGGGAAUUUUCGGACGUUUUUGACGGCCAGUUAGGCCGUUACAAAGGGACCCCCAUAUCUUUAAGUUUAGACCCUCAGGUUGCUCCCAUUAGGCUGAAAGCCCGUAGGGUGCCUUUUGCCUUAAGGGCCAAGGUUGACGCCGAACUGGAUAAGUUGUUGGCGCAGGGAGUCAUCGAGCCCGUUGAUCAUUCCCCUUGGGAGACCCCCAUCGUCCUCCCAAUUAAACCAGACGGGUCGGUGAGGAUCUGCGCCGACUACAAGUCGACGAUCAACUUGGCCCUUCAGGCAAACCCCUAUCCAGUCCCUGUAGUGCAACACCUGCUCCAUUCCCUGGGGCAGGGUUGCACAUUCGCCAAACUGGAUAUGGCGCAGGCCUAUCAACAGCUCCCGGUGGAUGACGAUGCGGCGGCUGCCCAAACCAUCGUCACCCAUCGUGGGGCUUUCCGUUGUCGCCGCCUGCAAUUCGGCGUUUCCGUGGCCCCGGGGAUCUUCCAAAGCCUGAUGGAGCGGCUGCUCCAUGGGCUGCCGGGCGUGGUUCCGUAUUUCGAUGACGUCCUGAUCGCUGCUUCCAGCCGCUCAGAACUCAUCGAAGUACUGCGGAAGGUCCUCAGUCACCACAAGCCACUCCUUGGGCUUUUGGCAGGUGACAAGCCGACCCCCCCCAUCCUCUCCCCCAGAAUGACUAGAUGGACGGAGUUCCUUGCAGCGUAUUCUUAUACGCUGCAGUACCGUCCGGGCAAGCAGCUGGGGCAUGCCGAUGCCUUAAGCCGCUGCCCGUUACCGGAGACCGACACCGCCCUAGUGCCCUGUCUCUCAGUCCUGUCCAUCGCGUCUUCCGGUCUCCCAAUUUUGGCCGCGGAUGUCGCGGCCUGUACCAAGGCCGAUCCGAUCCUUUCCCAGGUCGCUUCCUGGGUCUCGAGGGGAUGGCCAUUGGACAAAGUGGCAGAGGGCUUCAAGCCCUUUAAAAUCCGGCAGGCGGAGCUCUCCCUCCACGGGGGGUGCCUCAUUUGGGGGGAUCGAGUGGUGAUCCCCACCGCGCUGCGGCCACAAGUCCUGUCCCUGCUCCAUAAGGAUCAUCCGGGCAUAGCACGAAUGAAGGCAUUAGCCCGUAGCUAUGUUUGGUGGCCCUUACUGGACUCAGAGAUAGCGGCCUAUGUUGGCCGCUGCAACCCCUGUCAACAGUCUAGGCCUAAUCCCCCAGCUGGGCCGGCUCGUGAGUGGGAGGCUCCGAGAGGCCCAUGGUCACGCCUCCACCUAGAUUUUGCCGGUCCCUUUCACGGCCAGAAUUUCUUGGUAGUGGUGGACGCUUACUCCCGCUGGGUGGAGCUGGUCCUGAUGGGCUCCACCACAGCUGAGAGUAUGGUCCGGGCCUUGAGAAGGCUGUUCGCGACCCAUGGGUUGCCGGACCUGAUUGUUUCUGAUAACGGGCCCCAAUUUAUGUCCACCACGUUCCAGGAGUUUCUGGCCAUGCAAGGGAUUCGACAUGCGCCCAUAGCCCCGUACCACCCGGCCAGCAAUGGCCGGGCGGAGCGGGCGGUCCGCUCAGCAAAAGAGGCACUGGGCCGCAUGAGGCGCCUACGGACUCCCCUGGACCGGCUACAUCCGUUGUAUUCAGGGGAUCAGCCGAGCAACCUGGGGGUUAUCCCUUCCCGUUCAUUUAAAGUAGGGGACGCGGUGUGGGCCCGGGCAUUUUCGGGGCCUUCUAGAUGGGUGCCAGCCACUGUGACUGCCCUGACAGGCCCGUGUUCUUUUAGAAUCGGACUGGCUGACGGAUCCCAAUGGAGGCGUCACCUGGAUCAGUUGAGGAGACGCCUCCCACCGCCAGCCGGCGGCCCGGACCCAACCGAUGCCGGCACCGCCUGCCCGGGCACCCAGCUUGAGGCCUUCGCCACUCCAGGCCUCUCCUGUCCACAACCGAGAACUCAAUCCGGAGGAAACACGCCGUGGGCCUUCGCCACACCAGGCCCAACCUGCCCGAGCGCCCCCUGCCGGGAACGUCCACAAUCAUCUCAAGCCGCCGCAGAACAGUCCCCACCUAGGCCAAGGGUCCUCCCUCCCGACACGCCUUCCAAACACGACACCAGCACAGUUGACACGCCACCUCGCCCCUACUCACCAGUACAGUUGAGCCCUCCUUCUGGGCCGUCCCAAGAAGGCGUGCCUUGGAGCUACACCCCCUUCCGGGAGGAGCUACCACAAGCUGCCACACCUUGUAUGCCUGUUGGCAAUCAUGAACUGAAAAUGAAGGCAGGAGAUGAUGAUGAUGAUGAUGAUGAUGAUGAUGAUGAGUGUUAUACACAAUGA